CAGUUGGUCAUAUUUUGUGCGUGUUUUUCAUUUGCAAAAUUAAACUGGGUUAUUUCGAUUUAUUUAUAGAGGUGUAAGUCGGUUAAAGUCGAUUCGUAUAUUCUCUGCCACUAACGAUACUUUUGCGCAAAAUGAGUAAAACAAACAGUCGUACUGAGGACUUAGACGACAUUAGCAUGACAGCCCAAGAAUUGCAUAUUUUGUCGGAAUUAGACAGCCGGCAAUAUGGAUUUUUACUAUUGAAUCAACCCGAAAAUGCGAAAAAGAAGGCAUUGGUGCAAAAGGCUGUCAAAUAUCUGCAGUUGAUGGUUGUCCAGGCUAAAAGACAACAAAAGGCUCAAAACGAGAAUGAGCCCCACAACUGUCAAACUAAAAAAAUCAGUAUAGACCCUAAAACUUGGGUCAAGUUAGGACACUUCCAUUUGUUACUGGAAGAUUACAGAAAAGCCCUUUCUGCUUAUCAGAUGUUUUAUAAAACUCAAGCAGAAAACCACUGGCAAGACACCACAUUCUUAUAUGGACUGGGUCUAGUUUAUUUUCACUUCAAUGCCUUCCAUUGGUAA